UUCAAUGUACAAUUCGAAAGUAUUUGUCAUUGACCCAUAUAAAAUUCAAGCUCAAUUUCCCUUUCUGCUCUCAGCUCAACAAAUUAAUUGGCGUCCAACUCAAACUUAUACAGAAUGCGAAGCAGUCAAUUGAGUACGCGACACGUUUUUAUAAAAUGAAACUAGACAAUUAAAAUGUGCUGCUCAAUUUGGCAAUCAGUUGAGUUUGAGCUGUUGAGCUGACUGGAGGAGCAAUGUGCGCCAAGAAGUUCUUAUUAACUAUUUAUGUGCUAUAUGCAGUAAGCAGGAUUGAGGCUGUGCAGGCUGCUUGUAGUCGCAUACCACAGGGAGCGAGCGGUGAGCGUUCAGCAGUGGAUGAUAAUUUCAAGGUGCUCAUCGAUGGCAAUCCAGUGACGUAUAUACCCGAGCAGCAGUACAAUGUUUCACUUUCUUGCCCCAGUACUAUGAAAUUUCUAAGCUUUACGCUUAGCGUGGAGCGUGAAGAGCCAAUGGCUGCUGCAGCGACUCAGGAUUUGAGCGCCGGACACUUUGAACUGUUCAAUAAUAUUGAAACACGCUUUACAGUCGGCUGUGAGAAUAUGAUUGAGAGCACGAAUACAAAUGCCAAGACGCGCAUUGAUGUCAGCUGGGUGGCGCCCAAGCAGCCAGACAGCGGCUGUGUGCUCAUCAAGGCGGCCAUAGUGCAGCAUCGCAACGUUUGGUUCAUUGACGAUGGUUUCCUAACCAAACGCAUUUGUGCAGAGGAAAUCGAUGAGCUCAAUAGCCAAACGCCUACGCUGCAAAAUUGUUGCGCCUGCGAUGAAGCCAAGUAUGAGAUUGUGCUGGAGCGCAAGUGGGCGCGCAAUACUCAUGCCAAGGACUUUCCCUCGGAGGCGUGGCGCACGCGUCUGGGUGAGGUUAUAGGCGCUUCACACAAGUAUAGCUUUCGUUAUUGGGCCUAUGGUGCGUUGGGCAGUCAGGGCAUGCGUGAGUUGGCAGAACAUGGCGCCACACGCACACUGGAGCAGGAAAUUAAGAACAAUACACAAAAUGGCGAAGUGCGCACCAUAAUCAAGGCACCUGGCAUUGGCUAUCGUGCAAAUGUUGUAGGCACUACAUUGGCCAAUGCACGCGUCGAUCCGCUGCAUCAUCAGAUAUCCUUGGCUGCCAAAAUUGAUCCCUCACCAGAUUGGAUUAUAGGCGUUGCCGGCUUGGAGCUUUGUCUAAGCAAUUGCACUUGGCUGGAGAGCAAGGUGUUGAAUUUGUAUCCCUGGGAUGUAGGCACAGACUCGGGUCCAUCCUAUAUGUCAGCCGAUCAGCCGCAAGUGCCACCAGAUGUUAUAAGACGCAUUACUUCCUCUUAUCCUAGUGACUAUCGCUCGCCUUUCUUCGAUGGCAGCGGUGUGCCCAUGAAGCCCAUGGCAACGCUGCAUAUUACUAGAAAGAAAUUAUACAUUAGAGAGUGUGAAGAGGUGCCGCAGGAAGGUCCUUUGGAGUGUGCCACGCAUCCUUGGAACGAUUGGAGCAACUGCAGCACGCGUUGUGGCUCCGGCUAUGCGCAGCGUGAGCGCAGCUAUAAGAAUCCUGCGCUGGCUGCCAGCUACAGCUGUGAUCGUCGUCUGGAGGAGCUGCGUCAGUGUCAGGGCAUGCAAUGUGGCUUGGAGGAGGAGCAACAGCUGUCCGAAACAGCUGGCGAAGCUGACAACGAGCCCAACUCGCAAGCAGAAUGCGAGCUUAGCGACUGGUCCGAGUGGUCGCCUUGCUCCAGAAGCUGUGGACGUGGCUUUAUAUUACGCACACGUGACUAUUACAAUCAAAGAGCCAGAGCACGUUGCCAGGCAGCAGUUAAGCUGCCCUUAAAGGAGACACGUUCAUGCAUAGGCUCGGAUUGUGGUGGCACCAUACCCGACAAUGGUGAGUUGGAUGCAGUGCCGGAGCAAGAUUCGAAUUUGUUUGGCGAAACCAAUGAGGAGAGCAGCAGCAACAGCUGGAAUAGCUUUAGAGCCAAGCCCACGGAGGAGAGCAACAGCUGGAAUAGCUUUCGAGCUAAGCCCACGGAGGAGAGCAACAGCUGGAAUAGCUUUAGAGGCAAGCCCAUAGAAAAUGAGCGUACAACUAACAGCUGGAGUAGCAACAAGGAUGCGCCGGAGUAUCAACGUGGCUACGGCAGCAACAGACGCACAAAUCCUUACGAGCAGCUGGGCUUGGAUAAUGCUGACAACAGACAGCAGCAGCCACUUGGCAGCAACUAUAACGACUACAGACAAGAUCAGCGUUACAAUGAAGAGCAAGCAACAAUGAAGUACAACAUGGCAUAUGCUACAACGCCACGCACAAUGACGCCCUAUGGACGCAAUGAUUACAAUCAGCCGCGUCCUAGCAACGGCUACAAUGUGGUGCAGGACUACUGCUUCGAGAAGCCGUUUGCCUCCACCGAGCCUUGCAUAGUGAAUCCGGUUAUAGUGAGCAAUUAUUGGUUCUACGAUCAUGACGAUCACGAGUGCAAGAUUUUCACCACGGACAAUUGCGAUACGAACAGCAAUCGCUUUCGCACGCUAAUGGCCUGCGAGGGCACCUGCCUCAAGCCGCAGAUGAACUUGGAGUUUGAAGCUAGCAAUGGCUAUGAAGCUGAGCAGACAGCAGCUGGUUUGCAGCCCAUGUCACAGACUAAAGCAAGCAAUAGCUGGGAUAGACGUGCACGUUAUGGUUAUGGUCAGCAUUAAUAAAUUGUAGGCUGCGCUCUUAGUGUUGAGCUUUACUCUUGAUGGGCGUGGUCUGCUGAUAACAAUAAAGCAACUCG